AUGUGUGGCUAAGAAAGGUUGUCUCUAUCACUUCUCUUACAGGAGCAAGAACAAGCAGAGGAACUGCCUGGAUCUACAACAGAUGUGUCGUAUCUACAACUGGUUAAACAUUACUCUAUAGAAAACAUAGCUUGGUGUGCAGCAAACCACAGAAUGUAUCAAUAACUCGAACAUCUACCAAAAGUCUGAACUUAUUAAGAAACAGCUCAGUUGAGCAAGUACCGAGGAUAUUGUAAUGUUUCAGGCAGUCAUUAAUAAUUAGAUUCAUGUAAUCUUUGAUCUACACAGAAAUUGACUCAGUGACACCAAUUAAAUACAUCCAUAACUCCCAUUGCAAAAAUACCUAGUAACAGUUACUCCUCUCCCACAAUGAGGCUACUGAAACGAUGCAGAUUUCUACUGCUCCUGAAGCUCACCAUUGCACUGGGAUCACUAUGGAUACUCUCCCUACUAACCUGCAGUGAACCAGGCUUGAAUCCCAGCUCAGUUCUCAGGUACAGCUGGUUGGAGUAUACAGACUCUGAUGACAGCCCAGAGAAAGUGUGUAACUGCUCAGCUAUCCUGCAGGGAGAGAGGGAGGCACUGGAGCAGGCCAAAUUACUGACCAUCAACAAAGACUUCCACAAGAUGGUUCACAUCCCAGAUGAACAUUACAUGAAUGCAACCGAAGACUGCAGUGCAUUCAAAUUAAGAAGAAAAUACUUAACAUCUCCGUUGAGCCAGGAAGAAGAGGACUUCCCCCUGGCAUACUCUAUGGUUGUGCAUCAUAAGGUGCAGAACUUUGAGCGCCUGCUGCGAGCCAUCUACGCACCUCAAAAUAUAUAUUGUGUCCAUGUGGACAAAAAGGCAGACUCCUCUGUCUUAUUUGCCAUCUGGGCAAUUACUGACUGCUUCCCGAACGUCUUCUUGGUCAGUCAGCCUGUUGAUGUGGUCUAUGCGGCCUGGUCACGUGUCCAGGCUGACCUUAACUGUAUGGCGGAUCUCUAUAACAGCAGCACACAAUGGAAAUACAUCAUCAACCUUUGUGGCCAAGAUUUCCCUCUGAAAACCAACUUGGAGAUUGUAAGGACACUGCGUUCACUGAGGGGCGGGAACAGCUUAGAGUCAGAAGAAAUGCCUGCAGGAAAGGUGUGGAGAGUGAGAAAUGCACACAAAGUAAUAGAUGGAAGAAUCCAGGAUACAGGGAAGGCAAAUGAGCCUCCUCCCUUCAACAUCACCAUAAUGUCUGGAAAUGCCUACUUUGUGGUUAGCCGGGGCUUCAUCCGCAGUGUGUUGGAGGACCGCCGAGUGCUGGCACUGAUGGAGUGGGCCAAAGACACCUACAGUCCUGAUGAAAUGUUCUGGGCAACCAUUCAGAGAAUGCCCGGAGUUCCUGGCUCAACACGGUCCCACAGGAAAUAUGACAUGUCAGACGCUAAUGCCAUCGCUCGCCUGGUGAAGUGGCAGUGGCACGAGGGGUCGCAGGAUUCACCAGACGCGGUGUACCCAGAGUGUCAAGGCAGCCAUGUCAGGGCAAUAUGCGUAAAUGCUGCUGGAGACUUAAAGUGGAUGCUCAAGCAGCAUCACCUCUUUGCCAACAAGUUUGACAUAGACACAGAGCCCGUUGCUGUCUACUGUUUGGAGAAAUAUCUAAGAAAAAGGGCACUGUCUGGUCUACAAUAGAUAUAUUGGAGGUUCACAGCAACCGAGAAGGGCAUUCAAUUCAAACCUUUAUCAAUACAGGGAAAGGUCAUGUAGCAGCAUGUGAUCUCACUUCAAGAUGUAUUUUAAAUUUAUUUAUAAUUCUAGAGUGAUGAACACAAAUUAAAUGUUUCAUCAGUGGCAUUAUAUAUUAUUCAGUCGUAUUACUGCUAUUUGAGCAGUUUAUCAGUGUAACAAUUAAAAUAAUCAACUCAAAAGCCAAAAAGAAAAAUCCUGUAGUGGCAGUCUGCAUAUGGGAAGAAAUUAGACAUUUCCCAGUGGCCUGAUGGAUGCUCCGGCUUUCCUUGACCAGCGAUAAUAUAGCAACCAGGACCACCAACGUAACCACGUCUCUCUGCGAUGCACAGAGCAGCCAAAGAUAAUAAUAUAAUAAUAGUAAUUGUGAACAGGGAGCUUUCGCCCCCAUUUUCACUAGGCGCUGUCUCCCUUUUUUGACAUUUGAUUAUAAUUCAAAUUUUGAUUAUCAAUUCGAUUAUGUAGAUAAUCUGGUUUUGAGUUGUGUGUUGAAUUAUUUUACAGCAUGUACGUGUUGACAGUUGAUUUUGUUAUGUCCAUCAUGUUGCUCUGUUUGAUUGUUGUUUUUCCAGAUCUGUGAAUGGGCUCAGAUCAGCAGGUUGAUCAGGGAGAGGUGUGUAGGAUAAGGUCUCUGAGAAAGGAGGGGCUGGAGUUGACAGACAAUGGAUGACGGGUGCUGCAUUAGAAGACAUUUCAGUCAACCUAUUGCAUUUAUCUGCUGAACUUUUGCAGACAGGUUGAAUUGAUAGGUCAGCAGUAAACCAGUGUCCAAACGUGGUCUUGUCCUGAGUGUGGUUUCUCUUUGUCUUUCUGUUUAGCUCACCUUAUACUUACCAGCACAGAUUGUUUGUUCCAGGCAUUUGAGGCAUUCAACUUUUUGUGAAUUGAUUGAAGCUUGGCCUCUCCAUUUCAUCAAGGGUAGUGCUAAUCCUACAGCAGCUCAUUAUAAAUUUAUAUAAAAGAGAGCUUGCAACUCAGCGUUCAUGAGUUCAGUAAAGGCAUCUUCUAUUUCAACAUCGCACUGCCCCCUUGUGUGAAGCCUUGACAGAAGAGUGGACUCUGUUAAUCCAGCAACUUCCUGCUUGUUAUUGUACAAUGAUGUGUGGGGUUGUAAUGUUUGCACAUCCAUAUGUGCUUGAGCCACGUAGUAAAACUUUACCUUCAGAAAAAUCACUGAGUUAGAGCAAAGUUCAAGUGUGAUUGCUAAGCUUUGUUAACCAGCAGACUCUACUUCAGCUCUUAAAUCCUGUUGAUGAAGCUUCUUUCCAACAAUGCAGUUUUCCAGCAAUAUUUUAUUCUAAAAAAUGCAUUAUACCUCAGUUUGGGAUCUGAGUUAUAAUGCAGAUUAUUUGCAAUUUUAGAAAGUAAAAUAAAAUAAAUUCUUGUGACAUUUUAAGCAUCUUUCAGGCAUUUUUACACUUAAAACAAGUCUGAGGUUAAUUCCUGUGUCAUCCAUUCUUUGAUUUGAGUCAUGGAUACAUGGUUUCAUUUUGCCAAGCACACACAGGACGUUUUGCUUCCUACUAUUGGGUAGACCAGAACAAUUGCAUCCAACCGGUCUGAUCACAUAACUUUAGGGGAGAGGUAUAGGAUGAAGUCAGAGACAUACAACUUUAAUCUGAUGUGCUGCUGGUAAAGACACAGGUAAGACCUAUUUAUCUACUCUACUCUUCAGCUCAACCAAAGUAAUUGAGCAUUAAUUCAUGAAUUCUCUCUGAACUAAGUUCCUACUAAAUGACUGUGCUUUCACCUCUCAGAUCUGUUUUGAUU